AUGGAAAAAUGUUCUUACACAUGUGAAGGUGUUGAAAAAGCGACAAAUGUAUUAGUGAUAAGACGACACUCUCAUUCCUUGACUGUAGUCUUUUCGUACUCUUUUCUUUUCACAAUGACAAUUCGAUAUUAUUCAGAUUCUCCUACGCAAUGUGCUUUUCUUCUCAAAGCUAAGUAUAACAGAAGCUUUAAAGCCUGA